AUGAGUAAAAACCACUGUACUGCCUUAGCAAUACAUAAUUCUUAUUUAAACGACGAUGUUAUUAAUGCAUUUUUAGACAUCGUAAAAUUACAAACAUCAUUUAUUCCACAAAACGUAUUAUUUUAUCAAACACCACUUAUGUAUUCAGCCGUUGAGAACGUGGAUGAUUUUCAAAUUUUAUAUGAUGGUUCUAUUGGAAAUGAUGCUAUUGGGCAUUGGCUAUGUGUGUAUUAUCGUAAUGAAACUAAGUGCGUAGAAGUGUACGAUAGUCUAUACCAUACGCUUAAUGAUAAUUUAUUUGAGAUUUUGGAUAUUUUAUAUCCUUCAAAAUCCAAUGUUGUGUUUAAGUCUGUUAUAAAACAGCCAGAUGGGUAUUCAUGUGGAGUUUUUGCAAUUGAAAUUUAA